UCUGCAUGCAGACGCUCCUGCUUCCUCCCUCUUUUUGCUGGAUUUCUCACUCUCAGCAACAUUCAUAUGCUGGCGGGAGGAAAACACACAGGAGAAUAAAGAGGGGCGAAAAGGGGGGAAAUAGAAAAAUCCUGCCUAUGUUGGGCUUGGGGACUUCCUCGAGUCAUAAUCUGAUUUGUGGCAUCUCUUCCACCCCCUCCUCCCGUCUGCCUGAGCCGGAGGGAAAGGCUCAAGAAGCACGCAGGGCAAGGCCGCGAGUCAUUAGUUCUUGGUGGGCAAGCACUGACAAAGGACGGGGGGAGAAGCUGCAGGAGCCGCUGUUUUCAUUUAUUUAUUUGUUUGUGUCCUUCUUUGUGUGUUUGGGGAAGGAAGCAGCGCACAGGACACCGCCACCACCGGGCAUCUCCUUGUGUUGAGGUGGUGUGUUGUGGAAGAAGAGAGGGCAGUCCGCAUCGGCUCCGUCAGCCGACAUUGCAGCAUCUGCGGCUGGCGGCGCCUCAAAACAGCCGGUGGAAAAAGUACGCGAUGUUGCGUGGAAGUUAGCUUGUUUGGAAAAUGUUCACAGCCGGUCAAAAUGCUGCUGCUGGUAAGCGGAACACCAGAGAAAAGGUGAGCAGUGCCUCGCUGAAUGGACCGGAGAUCUAAAGCCAAACAAGGGGCUCCUUCUCCGGCGAGGCAAGCCACAGACGCGGCGUGUUGUUGCCGUUUACUCCGAGGUGAGCUCGGUAUCUUUUACCGGAGGUCUUACAUUAAUUAUAACCGCCAAGAUAAUAAAUAAAUAAAUCCGUGUGAGGGGUACUUUAAGAGGAGGGGGUUAAAUCCUCUCCAGGCAUGUGCCAAGGCGAGCUAAACAGAGGUCCUUUUUCAGCCAUUACUGUUGCUACAGAGACGGAGCUGCGCGCGUGACACAAACAGCGAAAUAUGAAGCUGUACGUUGAAAAUUGUUAAGCUUGUGUCGUUUUCCUUUAAAUCUUUGCCUUUUCUACUGUCGGGCAGUAUAUUUGACUCAUUGUCUCCCGUUAAAGACUCUCCGGCUGAAGCGGGGACGUUGGACUGGCAGCUCACGCGCAGGCUUCUCUUCGCCCGUCGCGAGCUCCAGAGGACCAGAGUUUGAUAUAAGCGGAAAAAGGCAGAAAGUUGUCCCAGAGAAACUGUUUUCAGGUCACCGUGGACUGGACUAAAGUUUUCGCGUGUUUUCUUAUUAAACCUUAUUUAGCUCGAGGACCCCCACCUACAUACGCGUGUUAUUAUCUGGCUGAACAUGAUUUAUAAAUGAGAGCACAGUCCCGCUGAAAACUCCGAAUCUGGCAGAAACUCGCCGCUUUUUAUUUUCUUCUUCUCUUCCUGCUACCUUGACAGCAACCGGAGUUGCUCGUCCGUUUUCUCCUGCUGUGGUUCGGUAACCAAGCGAUGGCCAUGGUGAGUGGGGGCUGGGGAGAUCCCAAUGGAGGUACUAACGGGUUGGGGGAAAAGGGCUACCUGAGGGGGGAGGAGGAAGACGGCUCUCCUCAGGCGGUGGGCAGCGACAUGGAGGCCGGGGACGAGGACAAGGCCUGCGUGGUGGACUGCGUGGUGUGCGGGGACAAGUCCAGCGGUAAACACUACGGCGUGUUCACCUGUGAAGGCUGCAAGAGCUUCUUCAAGAGGAGCGUCAGACGGAACCUGAGCUACACGUGCAGGUCGAACCGAGAGUGUCAGAUCGAUCAGCACCACAGGAACCAGUGCCAGUACUGCCGCCUGAAGAAGUGUUUCCGUGUCGGCAUGCGCAAAGAAGUUCAGCGCGGUCGUAUCCCCCCCCAGCCGAGCCUCAGUCCCUCCAUCACACCCGUAGGUGGCGGCAGCGGCCUGGGAGGCACCGAGUACUACAACAACAACAACAACAGCAGCAGUGGAGGCCAGCCGGUGUCGGAGCUGAUUUCCCAGCUACUUCGGGCGGAGCCGUACCCCAGCAGCAGAUAUGGACACCAGUACAACCAGCAGAGUGGCCCAGAUAACACCAUGGGCAUUGAUAACAUCUGCGAGCUGGCUGCUCGGCUGCUCUUCAGCACCGUGGAGUGGGCCAGAAACAUCCCCUACUUCCCCGAGCUGCCCGUCUCAGACCAGGUGGCCCUGCUGAGGCUGAGCUGGAGCGAGCUCUUCAUUCUCAACGCAGCCCAGUCGGCUCUGCCGCUCCACAUGGCGCCUCUGCUGGCUGCCGCCGGCUUCCACUCCUCGCCCAUGUCCGCCGAGCGCGUGGUGUCCUUCAUGGACCAGGUGAGGAUGUUCCAGGACCAAGUGGACAAGCUGACAAGGCUGCAGGUGGAUUCUGCAGAGUACAGCUGCCUCAAGGCCAUCGCACUCUUCUCACCAGACGCCUGUGGUCUGACAGACCCGGUCCACGUGGAGUCUCUGCAGGAGAAGGCCCAGGUGGCUCUGACGGAGUACGAGAGGAUGCAGUACCCGAGCCAGCCACAGCGCUUCGGCCGCCUCCUCUUGCGCCUGCCCGCUCUGCGCGCUGUCUCCGCCAGCCUCAUCUCCCAGCUCUUUUUCAUGCGCCUGGUAGGAAAAACACCCAUCGAGACACUGAUCCGUGACAUGCAGCUCUCCGGAAGUUCCAUCAGCUGGCCGUAUGUCCCGGGACAGUAGCCCCUGACGGAUGAGGUCUCCGUCUUGGAUUAUGACGAUAAGGACCCACAGGAAACCUCCUGACUCAUCACUGUCCAUCUGUGUGGUUCUCACACCGCAGUGCCAGCUCGUCAUCAUGUGUGCCGUACUGUAACCGCUCAGUUCCCUCUCAUGACAGCAAGCCUCCGGGGAGGCGGGGGGGUGAAGCUGUCUGUUUGCCAGCUGGUCGUUAGGGUGCCAGGUCUUGGGACAGAAACCAGCUCUUCGUGCUGCGCUCUGAUAUGGCCAACCAUGUCACCACCCACAUGUCAUGAUGACUAAUGACGGCUCAGUUCCAGCACCCCCCCCCCCCCCCUCACACUCUUACAUCCACACAGCUAAACUGUGGGACGGAUUUUCCAACACUCCUUUUUGUGCCGACCAGCAGCCAUGUUCUGGGCUUCGUUGUGGAGGGAGACUUCCUCUCUUUCCUCAGAACUGAAGCCAAGGAAGAAAUGAAAGCAAGGGAGUUUGACCAAAGUGGACCACGUCCUCCUCAGAGAGGGUUUGAUCUGCAGCCUGAGAAGCAGCACUGCCUUCUGUCUCCGUCACAAACGGGGCCUUCACAGGCCUCGCCGCGGCUGCAGAGUAGAAGAAGAAAAGCUCCAUGAGAAUGGACUAAUACCUCACCAAGACAUGUGAAUGCUUUAGUCUGAUAAACACAAACCUCUGGAAGAUCAGCUCACCAGGAAUCGCCUUCUUUCUGACAACUGCCGCCUUAUUCUGUAUGAGUUGGGUGGAGGGGGUGUCUGCAGAUCAUGAGUCUUACAAGCAUUUGUCUUUAAAAAAAAAAAGAAAAAAGGUCCCUAAAUCAUUUUCAGUUGUCUUUUAAACAGCGUUGGUUGGUUAGAUUAAUUUUAAGUAUGUAUGUGAGGCUCAGUCAUGUCACAAAUCAAGCAGGUGAUCAGAUUUUAUAACCAAAACUACCAGUUAAGUACGUUUACACAAGUUAAUACUGUAUUAAAACGUGUACAUAUAUAAAUAUAUAUAAAUUGAGCUAACUUUGUCUCUUUUGCAUGUUCAGAUGAUUUCUGUCUCUAAGUUGAGCGUAUUUUCCAUCAUGUAAUUCAAGUUUCAUUUAAUCUUUCAAGUGUUGCUUUUACUGGUACCUUGUGUGUGAAAAUACCUCUGCCAUCUGUUCGCGCACGGAGAAGGAAGUAUCAUGCUUCUGGACGUGUUCCUGCUCAUGCUUCUCUGCAGGCAUCCUGCCGUGAACGAUGGGACACCAUGUUACGGAUGAAAACUGCAAAGUCUGUGAGGAGCAGAUGAAGAGAGAGCCCUCUUUCGCCGGGAUUUACCUCCUAUUUAUAUUUCAAGAGGUUUUACAGGAUUGCACACACUCCAUGUUCCAGAUGGAGAAACUCUGCUACUCCAUCCACCACGCCAAGCGACCACCUUGUAGAGGCUUUAAAGAAAAAAAAGAAUGAAUUGUUUUUCUUACCUUUGUUUUACUGGACUGAGAAAUUUCAUGUGUACUGAAAGUUAUUAAAAGAAUCCAACAGG